AUCCAGCCCCUCGGAGGCCGCCCGCGAAGGAGGAGACCGGCGCCGAUGGCCAUCCUUCUUUAUGAUUAUCCCCCCCCUUUUCCCGCCUCCUCUCCGCCGGCGGCAGCGCAGGGCCAGUGGGCCAUUCGGUCGGGGGGAAUAAGUACAAACAAGGGCUUCGGAGGUGGGCCCCCGCCGCUCUUUGGGCCUCCCUCAGGGGAAGCCUUCAAGCAGCCCCCGCCGCCGCCUUCUUCGGAGUGCUAUCUGACAGUUUCUGAAUUCUCCCAACUGCAAGAAAAAUGAAGUUGCUGUACUUUGGAGUGCCAGUGCUAGUCAGCCAGCUUUUCUUCUUCUGGGUCCCAUCCUCAAUGGGUUGCAAUAAGGCUCUGUGUGCUAGCGACGUCAGCAAAUGCUUAAUACAGGAGCUGUGUCAGUGUCGACCAGGUGAAGGAAAUUGCUCAUGUUGUAAAGAAUGCAUGCUUUGCCUGGGCACACUUUGGGAUGAGUGCUGUGACUGUGUUGGUAUGUGCAAUCCACGCAAUUACAGUGACACCCCUCCUACUUCCAAGAGUACUGUUGAGGAGCUUCAUGAGCCAAUCCCGUCUCUUUUUCGGGCACUUACUGAAGGUGACACUCAGUUGAGCUGGAAUAUUGUUUCCUUUCCUGUUGGUGAAGAACUGUCACAUCAUGAGAACCUAGUCUCCAUUUUAGAAACAGUGAAUCAACCACAACAUCAGAAUGUCUCCGUCGCAAACAACAAUGUCCAUCCAUCUUACUCCAGUGAAAAAGAACGCAUGUGUACUGUUGUUUAUUUUGAUGACUGCAUGUCAAUACAUCAGUGCAAGAUCUCCUGCGAAUCCAUGGGUGCAUCCAAAUAUCGAUGGUUUCAUAAUGCCUGCUGUGAAUGUAUUGGGCCUGAGUGUAUUGACUAUGGCAGUAAAACUGUAAGAUGCAUGAACUGCAUGUUUUGAAGCUGAAGAGUAGAAUUUUAAUAUUAUAGACACCAAAGGUAUUUUAUUGAUAAAGACUGAGCUUGGAAGUAUUGCUUAAGACUGUAAUAGUUGCCAGACAGUUGCAGGGACCUAAACAUGUACGUUUACCCCUGAUCAUGUAAACAGUAUUACUUAGUAAAUGCUUAGUCUUAUUUUUCAUCUAAACUGGGUAGCACAGCCAGUGUUAUGAUGAGAUUGUUUCAUGUUGACCUGAAUAGAUGAAUUUAACUAAUA